AUGGCAGAUAUGGAUGAGGAUGCGCCCAUAAAUUCACUUCACAAGCAAAUAAAUGAUGACAACGAAGAAGGUGACGAAACCCAAGACUUUCGCCUUCUUGCAUCCCUCAAUUCAAAGACAGGUUCACUUCCUAAACGUGGAGAGAAAGAUUUUGAACCUCACGGUACAAAACAACAAGAUGGUGUAUUAGCUGCAUCAAGGCAAGCAAUGCAUGAUGCAUUGGAUUAUACAAGAUUUCAUCUACCAAAGGCCCAUGUGAGAGCUUUUUACUAUGGAGAAGGUGUAGGAGAAGGACUGGAAAGAGAUGAGCUGGUAGGAGAAGAGUGGAGGAAAGGUCUAGAGGCAGAUCACGUUGUGGUGGUGGAAGGACCAAGAGGACCACAUUUCAGGACAAUUGGGAGGGCAAAUGAAGGGAAACACAAGAGUAGUUUGUGGUUGUUGCCGGAGGAGGCACUAUAUUUGGUUGAGCGAGGUAAUUUGGAUUUAUGGUGGCCCAAUAAAUCUUCUUACAAUGGAGUUGAGGAUGGAGAAAGUGAAAAAAUGGCCGAUGGAGAAAAUGAUGACGAGGGUGCACCAAUGAGUUUACAGGCUGCAUAUGCUAUGCUUAUUGGUUUGGAUGGUGAGAGAGGAAAGAUUAGUUUGGAAAGAUAUAAUGUCUAUGCCAAUCUGAAAAGAAAUGGAUAUGUUGUCAUGAGAGGUCCAGAUUGGAAUCCAAAUAUUCCCGUCAAAAAUCUUGAACACGGGUCCUCACCGGGAGAUUCAAAGGGUAUGUUUACCUGGCUUUUCGACCUUUUCGCAAAGGAUAUUACACAUUCUCCAUAUGGUCCAUUAGUCAAACCAGGUCUAUAUAGAUCUUACGAUUCUAUCUACCGGCAAAUGGCCGUAAUACCCCGCUACAAGCCAUCUCCAGCAUCAGAUUUAUCCUCCCAACCUCCAUCUCACACAUUUCGCGUCUGUUUCCAUAUCUGGAAACCCAGUAGCAUUCCUACAUUUGCAAAAACCAAUCCCGGUUCUCCGGAUUUCCGCAUAGCGGUAGUGGAUGCGAGAGAAACAUUUGUGCCUACAUUACCAGAAGUAGUAUCAUUAUUCGAUAGUUCGCCUUGGGAUCCACCCGGAAAGAACAUGGAGGGUCCGAAUAAAAUGUAUCACAGAAUCAGACAUGGAUAUAGGAAUGUUAUUCUAGCAGUUAAUGAUCAGGGAAUCAUCAGCUAUCUGAGAAUGGGAGAUAGUGCAUUUGGGGAGGAGAAGUUGUAUGAAAGAUUUGACGAGGGCAAUUCACGAGGUAACAAGAGGGGUGGAAGACGUGGUAGAGGUGGUGGGAGAGGAAGGGGUAGAGGCAGGGGCGGGAAAUGA